CCUUAAGAUAAAUGCAUUUCUGCUGUAAUUAGCAAGUUUUAGGGAGGAAUUAAGUGGAAGAGGAACGUGAAGUCACAGUCUCUCAGAUGCUUACAUAACAUACUAUUUACAGUAAAGCGUAGACCAGACAGCCUCUAUUUACAGUUGAUGCUCUGUACAUAACAACAACAAUCCUCCGUCACCGUCACCAAAGACAGCUCCACAAUGUCUUUCACAUUAAUGCAUCUAAUUGAAGCUAUAGUUUUGAUCCUAAAUGCUAUCUGUGUUCUUCACGAAGAAAGGUUCAUGAAGCGGAUGGGUUGGGGUGCUAAUGCUCAAGUGCAGGGCUUUGGAGAGCAACCAACAGUUACAGCCAAGCUUCUAAAUCUGGUUAGAUCAAUAAGAACAGUUGUGAGAGUUCCUCUCAUCCUUUUCAACUCAGUUCUUAUAGCAUUUAAAUUAGUUCUUGGGUAAUAGUUAUGAUUUUUACAAUUUUUAAAUGCUAAAUCAUGGUUUUGUUUCCAAAUUCCUGACUUGCUUCGUCUUGUUGAGUGACAGAAAACUGUGUCAAAAUGUUGUUCAAACCACCGCACAGCUAAUAAUGGUAUCAUUAUGUGUAUCUUGUUUUUCAACAUUUUUCCAUAGUUAGUUAUUAUUUUUAUACUGGAUGUAUCUUUCAUCUUAAGAGCUAUGCUAAGAAAUCCUUUAAAUCUUAAACCUUUAAACGUGCCGUGUCUUUUAGAUCCUUAUGUCAGUUGCGGUUCAUUAAAAAAUAAUUAAUUUACGGAAA